UCUGCCAAUGAGAGGGAAUUGUUUUGCUGCUUUACCAGCAAAGACAGAGCAGGGACAUGGGGAGAGAUUUGGUAUUGGUAUCCAGCGUCAGGUCGUGGUGUGGAGAAAAAUUGAGAAAGAUAAAUGUGACAUUGAAACCGUCACUGGAAAGAAAGAAAACGGGAUGUUUUACAGAGGAACUGCUGUCACAGAUGACCCAGAACAGACAACAGGCGGAGGUAGAACCACAGCACUGGAGUCCUCACUAGAUGGCAGUGUGGUAGUCAGUGGGUCAGAUGAUGGAUACGUCAUCGCAUUUGAUGGCCCUCUAGGUAGAUCUAUCAACAAUCGCAAAACUUCUCCUUCAACAAGACAUGCUAGAGAGGUCAGUCAGUUAGCUGUCUCCAGCAAAGGUCAUUGGAUAGCCUCCUGGUGUGAAACUGACCAUUCUCUGCGGCUGUGGCAGACAUUCGCCACCGAUGAAGCCUGGAAUUCUGGCGAUGCCAUUUUUGGUCUACCACUUUCAGGACUCUCUGUGAAAAAGAUGUCUUUUUCCAGAAAUGAACGCCAUCUUGGAGUAAUUGCUGUAAAGGGGGAAGCUGAGGAGAAACGGCAGCUGUUACUCUUUAGACUUGGAAAAGUUUGUGAGGGUAAGAAUGGACGUGACUUGAAGAUGGAUUAUGGAAAAUAAGUCAGCUUUUUAUUCUAAGCCUUGUAAAGUUCUUUCAAUAUUAUAUUGCAUUAACAUUAUAUUGAAUAUAUUUUAUUUGUUUAUUAUGUAAUAUUGUAUUUUUUUGAAGAAUUCUUUUUUAAUGAUAAUUAUAAGUUCAAUUUUUGCAUUUAAAGUACUUGCAGAUUGACUUGUAGAAUGUUUCUUCUACACCAAAUAUUUUAUAUAAGUAAUAUACUGACUUACAUUUAAUUUUAAAGGCAGAAUUUUUGAAGAAAUAAGCUGCUGCUCUAACUUAUAACAAUAAUUUCACACUAUGCACAUGAAACUCCGUCAGACUUGUCAAGUAAGUUUAACUGGCUGUUCUACAAGUGCAGGAAUAUUAUAUUUAAAAAGGAUUUACAAAAUAAUGUAAUUGAUUACACACAUAAAGUUGUCUCAGGGAUUUCCUUUUUAUUUUACAAAUCAGUUUAUAUUUUGAAAAUUUCUCCU